UGGACGACCACUGGGGAUGACAUGGUGUACGCUACUUACGCUCGAGCGGGACAAGCAUAGAUUUGCUGGCUACAGCAUGAUUCAUACUACACAGUCCAGGAAAGUCCCGCAGUUCUGGGUGGAUUGUGACCCUGGACACGAUGAUGCUUUCGCUCUCCUUCUCGCACACAAUGCCUCCCGUCUUGUAGCUUGCUCUACAACUCAUGGCAAUGCCAGUCUCGAGCGGACGACACAGAAUGCUUCUUCAGUUCUGCGCUCUAUUGGUGCUGAUCACGUUCCCUUGUAUCAAGGAGCCGCCAAGCCACUACACGGCGAGUGCCAUGUCGCUCAGGAGAUUCAUGGCAAGUCGGGUCUCGAUGGCACAAAUCUACUCCCUGCUCCAGACAAGGCUCUUGUACAAAGCACAUCAAUAGAAGGCAUGCUAUCCAGCCUCAGUGCCUUGACGACCAUUCCUGAUGCUAAGAUGACGCUGUGCGCUACUGGACCAGUCACCAACAUUGCACUCAUAACGAAGCAGAGCCCAUAUUUGCUAGAGCAGCGCUUUGAAAAACUCAUCAUCAUGGGCGGUGCAUUAAAAACAGGGAAUUGGACAUCACAGGCAGAGUUCAAUGUAUGGGCUGACCCGCAUGCGCUGCAACAGGUACUCGACGCGCCGUGCUGGGACGGCAAGCGCGUCAUCAUACCCCUGGAAGUCACACACCAGCUGCUAUUGACAGAUCAAGUCUUGCAACGGAUGAGAGACGGAUGCAAUCAUUCAUCAUUUGCUCGCAUGUGGGAAGAGCUUGGGACAUUCUUUAACAAGACAUACAAGGAGGUAUUCAAUUUUGAGCAUGGUCCCGUGCAUGACCCAGCAACAGUUGCAUUUGCACUCAAUCCUGAGUUGUUCACUGGGCGGUAUCUCCACGUGGAAGUAGAUACAAGGGAAGGUCCAACCAAGGGCAGGACAAUUGUGGAUGUCUGGGGACAGACCGGCAAUCCGCCCAACGCAUUUGUUUGUGAGGGUGUCGCUCCAGGCGGAGUAGACAAGUUUUGGACAAUGAUUACGGAAGCGAUGAUAUCGGCAAACAGAGAGAGCAUAGUUAAUAAGGAUCAAGAGGUUGCUACAUAGUUAUACAGAUUGCUUGGUGCAUGGCAUCAUUUCGUAAAGCAGAGACGCAUUUACCG